UUUAACACAGCUGACGUUACCAUUCAUUCAAUUACAAUUCAUUACGUUCUGGCGUUACCAUUUAACCAUUUAAUUUGAUAAUAAAAAAAAAAUGUUUGCUUGCUGUAAUAUGCUGAAAAGUGCAUUCUAAGGAAAACAAAAACAAUCUUUUUCUCUUCUUAGUCUUGGAAAUAAGAAAACAACGAAGUAUUGUAUUGAUCCAGUAAAAAAAUUAAGGAUUAAGAAAAAUUGUUUACAAAUAUCAAUAUUAUAUUUUGGGACAAUUUUGUUAAAUUUGAACGUAGAUAUGGCGUCGUCUUCCUCUGUUGAACUUGAGGCUAUAAGUGCGGUGGAAAAGGAGCUUGAUCGCGUUAUUAAUAAAUUUACAGAGAUUAAAGAAAAUGCUGCGGCUGAAAUUAAUGAUGUUGCUACUUUGCUAGAAGAACUUAUGAGAGCUCUAAGCAAAGCAGAACAAGAAAUGACUGGCAGUACGAUUAAUACUGGCACUCAAGUCGAUACUGACGACCCGAUGGCCGAUGAAGCAGAUAUGCAAGUGGAAAUGGAGCCUUCCCCACCACGCUUGACCGAUAGCCAGAUUGCUAUUAUAACUGAGGCUUUACAGAAAGCCAAUGAGAAAUUGCAGCGUCUAUCGACUAAUCAUAAGGAACUGCACGGCGCCGUUUCCAAAGUGGGCAAAGUGAUUGAUCGCAAUUUUAUUUCCGAUUUCACGGCGACCACGCGUACUGAUGCUUUGCAAGAUGGGGAGAAUAUGAUGCUACUAAAUAAAGUGAUGGCGAAGCACUAUUGCCGCCAGGGCAUGGAUGACGUAGCUCGGCUGUUGAUCGAAGAAUCCAAUAUGCCUGAAGAUAUGGCCCGUGAGGUCUUUGAAUCGGAAAGUAGCUUUGCUGAAAUUUACCGCAUAUGGAAGGCUAUACAACAGCAUAAUUUAAAACCGGCUUUGGAAUGGACUGCACGAUAUUCCAAUGAACUAAUAGCCAAGAAUUCUUCCUUGGAAUUUAAGUUACAUCGCUUAGCUUUUUUGCAAAUCAUUUCGCGAGGAAUGUCUGCCCAAACUGAGGCCAUAGUUUAUGCCCGCAAUAAUUUUUACAAAUUUGUCGAUCGUUUCGAAAGUGAAAUUCCUAACUUGAUGGGUUGCUUCAUAUAUCUACCGUUGGGAAUUGAGAAUUCUCCGUAUAAACAUCUAAUAUCGACCGAAAUGUGGACUGAGGCAUCGUAUGUCUUUUUAAAAGAUGCCUGCAAUACAUUAGGCAUUAGUAAGAAUUCAGCUUUGUCGGUGGUUAUUAACGCAGGCUGUACUGCGCUGACUGCUUUGCUCGCUAUUAAGCAGGUUAUGCAAUCUAGGCAAGUUCUUAAUAUUUGGUGCGGUCGUGAUGAGUUACCUAUCGAGAUUGAUUUAGAUCCUGAAUAUCGUUACCAUUCAAUAUUCGCUUGCCCGAUUUUGAGACAACAGACCACUGAAGAAAACCCCCCUAAGAAGUUAACCUGUGGUCAUGUUAUAUCGAAUGAUGCUUUACAUAAGCUUAGUAACGGUCAUAUACUGAAGUGUCCAUAUUGCCCAGUGGAACAAAAUGCUGACGAGGCGGUGCGAAUUUAUUUCUAAAUAUAUGAAGAUUUU